AUGGUAUGCGUCCUGGUGGCCUGGUAUUCCUACAAGGGCCUCACGUCAGCGGUAAGUGAAUCGUCCGCAGAGCGCAAGGCGAAGAACCUGGAGAGGUCCAUGAAGGUGGCAGUCUGUGCUUUACUGGCCUACCUCGUCACGGUGUCUGCCAUGCUUCUGCUGUCAAACAGCCAUGCACCCCCCAUGUUUCCCCCGCAUAUGAUGCAGAUGCCCCCGAUGCUCCAGCAGUUGCCCCACGCGCCCGGGAUGCACGAGAUGCCCGAGGCUCCCACCGGCGAGGGCAGCACACGGACGGAGUGGCUCCGCUUCUUCCAGAGAGACCCCGAUGCGCUGGCGGCGCUACAGAAUGGAGAUACAGACGCUCUGAUGGAGAGUCCCAGCCUUCAGCGCCACAUGGGAGAGGUGCUAAAGUUGUGGCUGGGGAUGUCCGACGCCUCCAAGCAGGCAACUCGCAGGCACCUUGAGACCCUGCGGGAUGCAACGGGGCUGACAUCUGGUGCCGACCCGAGCACGGUGGCUGCGGCCAAGACUUGGUCCGACGUGUUCACCAAGAGAGUUGUCGUGCCCUCCCUUUUCUUGCAGCAGGUGGAGAAUCUGGUGUCCAUUGCACGUGAUUCGAUAAGCGGCAUGAAAGACGAAUAUGCGGCAGAGUCGGACAUAGAGGGACUGCUGGAGGGGGUGGACAUGGACCUCGGGGACUUGGGGGAAGCUGACGCAGAGCCUCUCGACGUAGUGUCGAAGUUGCUGCCCCAGCUCAAGGAGUGGGCUCAAGCGUCUGGAGGGUCGACUUUGGACUCGAAAGCGGUGGGGGAGUACGUUCUCGAGAAGUUGGCCGCCCCCACUUAUGCAGACAUUCUGAGCAGCAUGCGGUCUACCCUCAUCAACGUGAAGGCUACCUACAUUCAGUCAGCUCUCAGAAAGCUCUCGGAAACGAUAGAUACAGCCAGCCUGGAGGCAGUGAUCCAAAGCUCUCAGGGGCUUGAUGUGGAUAUGUUUGAAGAGGAGAUGCGAGGCAUAAUGCCUGGUGUGGACGCGAGCCGAGCGCAGGCCCUCUUGGAGGCAUUCAGCAAGCUGCUGCAGCAGUCUGGGAUGGCAGAUGCCCUUAAACUGGGAGAUGCGUUCAAGUCUUUGGGAGGUGAGGGAGGUCGCGGGAGCGGGGUCGUAUCUGUUUCUAGGUUGAUCGGCUCUGAACUGGCCCUGGGAAUGAUCAGCCAGCUGCCGUCUGCGGUCAGGGAGGACGGGUCCAUAGAUGUGGGGCGCGUGGCAGCUCUCGCCUUGAAGGCUCGGAAGGCAAAGAGGCCUAGGAUCACAGGACGUUCUUAG